CAGAUAUCUCUUCGUUCCAGCUACUCCCCAACAUCGGAGACCACCUCUCCCAAGGGAAUUGUGACCAAGGUCUGAGUUACGGUAGAUCCUUCGACAUGGCCUUCGAGUGCAAUUGGGGUAUCCUCGCCACGGGCGGCAUCGCGAUCAAGUUCGCUAAGGACCUGCUCAUAGAUCCCUCGACGCGCGGCGUCAGUGACAUUAAGCACAACAUAGCCGCUGCCGCCUCUUCCUCUUCUGCGAACAGGGCGCAGUCAUUUUUGAAAGAAAUCGAGCAUCCCAAUCCGCAAGCAUGCAAGACAUACGGAUCUUACGAGGAGCUCGUCAAUGACCCCAAAGUGCAGAUCAUUUACGUUGCAACCCCGCACUCUCAUCAUUACGAGAACACAUUACUAGCACUAGAGGCCGGAAAACAUGUUUGCUGCGAGAAACCUUUUACGAUCAACGCCGCCCAGACUCGACACCUCGCAAAGGUCGCCAAGUCCAAGGGUCUUUUUUUAAUGGAGGCGGUCUGGAUUCGUUUCUUCCCGAUCGUUUUAGAGAUCCAGCGUCUCAUCCACAAGGAGCGCGUGCUGGGAAAGAUCCACCGGGUAUACAGCGAUCUCAGCAUGUACUUCAAGCCGGACCCAAAGCACAGGCUUUACAAUCCUGAACUUGGAGGUGGAGCUCUGCUGGACCUUGGCAUCUACCCACUCACCUGGCAGAUGAUAACCCUCUUCCAGGAUCCAGAUAACCAGCGAAUCGCUCCGCAAGUCACCUCUUCGUUGAUGAAGACACCAUUGACCGGCGUGGACGAAUGCACGACCCUUAUCCUCAACUUCGAACAGAUGCACGCGCAAGGCAUCGCGACAUGCAGCAUGAGCACGCGUACCAGCCGAGCGCACUGCGUCUGCAUCCAAGGCGAGAAAGGCGAUCUGACAGUCGAGUGGGCGACAUACCGCCCGGAGAGUUACACGCUGCACGCAAAGGACGCUAACGGUAACUUUGUUGGCGAACCCAAGAGGGUCGACGUGCCUAUCACGGGAUGUGGCAUGUUCUGGGAGGCGGAUGCAUGCGCACGGGCGCUUAGGGACGGAAAGCACGAAGCGGACUUGUGCCCACUUGACGAGAGCGUCCUCACCAUGCAGAUCAUGGACGAAGUCCGCAAGAACGGUAAUUUCGCGUACCCUGAAAAGUUAGAGGCGGUUCGCAGUGACGCUUAGGCGAGCUUCCGUUGCCGAGAUGCUUAAUGAAGAGGAAGGAGAUGCUUCACCAGUGUGUGUCAUCCGUGGCCUCUUCGAUCGAGGCGUCAUUCGGCUAUGCGGAGUACUAUUGAAAAUCCUGUCACAGUGGGGUCCGAAUGGAUAUGUGAGCAGUCCUCUAGGGUCUACAGGGUCGCUGCGAGAGGCAAAUCCCAAUGCCAGGCUCAAAGUGUGCCCAGUUGAUGUGCUGUGUUUUCGAUCUCUUUUUAGCCAACCAGCCUGCUUCCACAUUGCUUACAUAGCAUUUGAAUGUCGUUGUAUCAGUGUAGCUGGAGCGCAAAAUGUCAUGUGAGCAUGGUCAUGAAUUCAUAUCACUUGACAUCGCUGCCUCGCGUUCACUGCUUUUGUCGCUUGAGAUCUUUUGCAAGAUCCAAGGCGGCAGACAGAAUACGGUCAGCCUGCUUGGAGUCGAAAGAAGUCGCGGCGAAGU